AUGUCGCCCUCUCUUCAAUCCCUGCUCACCCUCACAACCCUUGUAGGCUCGGCCCUCGCUUCGCCUCUCCCCGAGUUACCCCAGCUCCUCACCCGCGCAGUCAGCGACUUUGAGUGCUACAACGCCAGUCUUCCCAACAUCACCAUCUACGCUACCGGAGGCACAAUCGCCGGUUCAGCUGGAUCUUCUGACCAGACAACGGGCUACAAGGCUGGUGCUUUGGGUAUCAAGACUUUGAUCGACGCUGUUCCCCAAUUAUGCAACGUCUCCAACGUUCGGGGCGUGCAGAUCGCCAAUGUUGAUAGUGGAGACAUCAAUUCUACUAUUCUGACUACGUUGGCGCAUCGUAUUCAGGAUGAUCUUGAUAGCGAGCAUAUGCAGGGUGUUGUUGUGACGCACGGCACUGAUACCCUCGAGGAGUCAUCUUUCUUCUUGGAUCUUACUGUCAAGAGUGAGAAGCCUGUUGUUUUGGUGGGCUCUAUGCGCCCUGCUACGGCUCUUUCUGCUGAUGGCCCUCUCAACCUCCUCUCUGCUGUUAGACUUGCUAGCAGCAAGAGCGCUAUGGGUCGAGGAGCCAUGAUCGUUCUCAACGAUAAGAUUGCCUCUGCGCGAUACACCAUCAAGACCAACGCCAACUCUCUCGACACCUUCAAGGCCGAAGAUCAAGGCUAUCUCGGCUCGUUCGAGAACGUCGAGCCUAUCUUCUGGUACCCCGCGACUCGACCCCUCGGCCACCACUACUUCAACAUCAGCACCAGCUCCACCAAGACUGCUCUCCCUCAAGUUGACGUGCUGUACGGUCAUCAAGAGACUGACCCCAAGCUUUUCCAAGAAGCUAUUGAGAACGGUGCCGAGGGCAUUGUUCUCGCUGGUCUUGGCGCUGGAGGAUGGCCUGAUAAGGCUGUCGAGGAGAUCAAGAAGGUUCUUAAUGAGACAGAGAUUCCUGUCGUUGUUAGCCGACGCACUGCUUGGGGAUAUGUUGAUGAGCGACCUUUUGGUAUUGGAGCUGGAUACUUGAAUCCUUCCAAGUCUAGAAUUCAGCUUCAGCUUGCUUUGGAGAAGAAGCUUUCUAUUGAGGAGAUCAAGGACAUUUUUGAGUAUGCUUCUUAG